UAUUAUGGACCCCAUAGACGUCCUGUGGGUGGUAGUCAAAAUAUUACAGAGUUACAUAAUGGGCCCAGGGACUGGACCCCCAAAGUUUUGAUAGCUGAACUAGGUACAUUAUUAUUAUUAUAAUCAAAAAGAAGCGCUAAGCCACAAGGACUAUACAGCUGAACUAGGUACAAAGCUUGUGCGUGAUGCCAUCAAAAAGAAAAAAAAUAUUGAGAUGAAGAGUUCAGCUGUGGACCUUGUAACGGAGACAGACAAGGCAGUAGAAAAGCUGCUGAUAACUGGCUUGUCUAGUGCCUUCCCAGACCACAAAUUCAUCGGUGAGGAAUCUGUGGCAGGUGGAGAAAAAUGUGUCCUUACGGAUGAGCCAACUUGGAUUAUUGACCCUGUAGAUGGGACAAUGAAUUUUGUACACAGUUUCCCAUACACUUGCAUCUCAGUGGCUCUGUGGGUAAAUAAAGAUGCUGAAGUAGGCAUUGUGUAUAACCCAAUACUGGAACACAUGUUUACUGCUCUGAAAGGCCAGGGUGCAUACUUGAAUGAUGAGAAAAUUUCAGCAUCAGGAGAAACAGACCUGAGUAAAGCCCUUGUAUUUUCUGAAAUGGGAACAAGUCAUGACCCUGAAAAGGUGGAUACAGUAAUAACCAACAUUACAACACUGUUGACAAAAGUCCAUGGAAUCCGUGCCAUGGGAUCGUGCACCUUGAAUAUGUGUCAUGUAGCUCUGGGUGGUGUUGAUGCCUGCUUUGAGUUUGGCAUUCAUAGCUGGGACACGGCAGCAGCUUACUUGGUCGUAAAGGAAGCAGGGGGAGUGAUCAUUGAUACUGAGGGUGGCCCAUUUGACUUAAUGCGUCGGCGAGUACUGUGUGCUUCAACACAAGAAUUAGCAGAGAAGAUAGCUAAGCUCCUGAAGCAGUACCAACCAGAACGAGAUGAUGCUCAUUAGUAAUGAGGAAUUUGUUGAAAAUGGCAGUUUGAAGUCAUAGCUUUUUUAGCCAAGCACUUCCCAUCUCUGCAAACUACUGAAGACUUUACGUGCGUGAAGGCCUGGAGUAUGGUUUUCAGAAAUCCUUGACAAAUUCACAAGGUUCUUUUUCCCCAUGUGGUCAUCAUCUUCAUGAUGGAUCAUUCCCAGACAGAACAAGGAAUUAAACUACUCUACUGUACUGUACACUGUUUGAAUAGUUAAUAUAUAAAAAACUAAAUACUAUACAAUGAAACCUCGGUUUUCGAAUUUAAUUAGUUUUAGAUGUCGAUUUGACAACCAAAAUCGACAACAACCUAAAGUAAUUUUUCUCAGAAAGUAUAAUGUAAAUUAGAAUUAAUCUCUUCCAGACCCCAAAUGAUAAUGCAGUAAUAUAUUAAUAAUGUAGUAAUUACUACAUACAAUAAUGUAUAAAAUUAUACAGCACAGGGAAACUUGCUUUUUUACAAAUAAUGGUCACUGAAACACUAUCACCCUGUAACUUGUUUUUCAUUUAUCCAAAUCGACAAGAGUUUUUUAAUCUCGGUAAUUUGUGGCCUUUGCUUUAAUAUCACUUUCAUGCCUUUGGCAACAUCAACUGCUUAAUUUUUUAUCUUUGGUCCAAAAUUGUGCUAAUGGUAGACACAUUUAACAAAAAGUUUUUCUAUGUCAACCAUGUGGAGCUGAUCUUCAUACUUACUAACUUCUUUUUUUAAACUCAACAGUGCUUUUUACAACUUUCUUUUUACUUUCAUCUCUCUAUCCUUCUUUGGACCCAUGAUUUAUCUCGCAAUAAAAAACAGUGCACCAAAACUGCAAAAUAACAAAAAAAGUUCACAAGAUGCACAAUGAAAGCUCGAGAGAUGUUUUCAGUAUGCGAGUUAGUGGCAAUACUGACUCAUACCCAUGCUCUCAACCAAUUGUCCAAUGCGCAUUCUGUGAGCACGUGACCUGAGCCACUUUAUCCUAUUCUGUGCUCGAAAACUUAUCCGUCAACAACCAAGAGAACAUACGAAAACCAGGCUAACAUGCACAUAUACACAUACACAUGAUGCAAUAAGAUCACAGUAAACAAGUGAUAUCACAAUAUUCAGAACUGUGAAAAAAUAGGGAAAUUCCAAGCACUUUCAUGAUUUCUCACAUUAUCAAGUUACUGAUAAUGUGAGAAAUCACUACAGCAUUUGGAUUUCACUAUUUUUUUUCAGUGGUUGUUCUGCAUAUAGACAUAUAUGUUUAUAUACACUUUAGUAAUAUUAGCAAAGUGAAAAGUAAAUAAAUAUGUACCAUGUAUACAGUAUUUUGGUAUUACUGUUAUUCAGAUGGUCAUCUGGGAAAGGAUCUCAUAGUUACAAACAUAGGUUUAUAAAUAUGUUAACCCUUUCGCUGUCCAGACCCACAAUGAAACUUGCUCUCUAGUGUCCAAAAAUACCCCCCCUCCCCCUUCCAAAAAAAAAAAAAAAUUGUCUGAAAUAGUAGACAAUUUUUUUCUGAAGGUAUUGC